GUGUGUGUGUGUGUGUGUGUGUUUGGCUCUGCCUCCUCCAUCCACACACACAGACACACAGACCAGGACCACAUCGACCGGUCUGUCUCCUUAAGAUGCUGGAAUAACGGCGAGAAACGAACAUCUUUCGAUUGCUAAUCGUGACCAGCACACUAACAGUCACCAAAAUGUCUGGAAAAAUAGACAGCAAGCAAGAAUCCCAGCGUUCUCACUUGACAUCAUUUACAAUGAAACUAAAGGACAAAUUCCACUCUCCCAAAAUCAAGCGGACACCAUCAAACAAAAAGUCCAAACCACCACCAGAACAGCCCGUGAAGUCCCCAGAGAAGACCGUGACCAAGAAUCCGAGUCGAUUAGAGGAGCAUGAGAAAGACGUGGUCAGCGCUUUGCGGUACUUCAAGACGAUUAUCGACAAGAUGGCGGUGGACAAGAAGGUCUUGGAAAUGCUUCCUGGUUCUGCUAGCAAAGUUCUGGAGGCCAUCAUGGGCUUGGUACAACUUGAUGGCAAGAUACUAAGCAGUUCAAAAGUGUCCUCCUGUCUCAGUCGACUCUAUCAAAGUCUUGCAAACCUCAUUCGCUGGUCGGACCAAGUGAUGCUGGAGGGGGUGAAUUUGGAAGAUAAAGAAACAGUUACAACUGUCACCACUGUGAUCAAAGCAGUGCUGGAUGGUGUUAAGGAGCUGGUUAAAGUCGCCAUUGAGAAACAGGAGCACCCCUCCCCUACCACACCUGUCAAAACCGUGCCCCCUGUCGCCAGUCCACAACGUGUUCCAGAGCCCCCUGUUGUUGAGUUGAAAGAAACCGUCUUGAAUGAUACUCCUACCCCAGCUGAGGUCACAGAGACCCCAAAUAAUGUCCCUGAUGAGGAAGUGGCCCCUCCUAAACCUCCCCUACCUGGACUUAAAGUGCCUGAACAUUGUCCACCAGCUCUUCCCCCAAAGAAGCGUCAGUCGGCACCGUCUCCCACAAGAAUUGCUGUGGUUGCACCAAUGAGUCGUACCACUAGUGGAUCAAGUCUUCCUAUUGGUAUCUGUCGACAGGAAUAUGAGGCAGAUGCCUUACAGAGGCGUUUUUCAGGAGGCAGUAACUCCUAUGGAGGGGAAUCGCCACGACUGUCCCCAUGUGGCAGCAUCAGCAUAUUGAGCAAGUCAGAUGAACAACUAUCAUCUUUGGAGCAGGACAGCGGACAGUGCUCUCGUAACACCAGCUGCGAGACUCUAGACACAGCGGAGAGCUAUGACCCCGACUAUGACUUCCUGCAUCAGGACCUGUCUAGCAUUGACCAGAACCCUCCCGCGCACACAGGGGGUUGUCUGAGCCCGCUCCCCGAGUCUCACAAUGAAUCAUCCUCCUCCCCUGUUCAGCUUCAAUCAAUCCCGCCCGCUCUCCCAAAGAAGGAACGGCGACCCCCUCCACCUCAGGUGGAACGACUGUACUCUCAAUAUGACAAUGUUUCUGAUGAGGACAUGCAGACCCAGUCAUUCCCCCUAUUUCCUUCAAUGCCACCCUCGAACCCUGGAGAACUAAUGGGACACUUUGGCUCUGCUGAGGACGCACAGGUCCCUCAGAGCCCUCCACCUCUGCCGGAGAAGAAGAGUCGCCAUAGUGAGUAUGAGGAACUCAAAUGUUGUUUGUAGGAUAGCAAGUCAGAUUAAGAAACACUUGUCUAGUUUGAUCUGUCAAUGUAGUGCUGUUGCACUUUGGGAAAAUAGAGUAAAGAUCCAUGCACAACAAGAA